UGUUAACGCUACAGCAUAAGCGCGGUCUACGCUUCUUUGUGUCUUGGCGUUUUUUGCACGAGUUUUUUCCUUACGUAUUUAUUCAUUGACAAAAACUCAAGCUGCGCUUCGUAUGUGUGUGUGAGUGCGCGCGUUGGUGAGGCCGCCUUUGUGUGUGUAUUUGCAGCUCAGGCUCUGUGUUGAUUUGUGUGCAGAAUACAUUUUUUGCAAAUAUUCAUAUGUAUAUAAAGAAUAAAUGGAAAAUAAGUGAAUAAACCAAAUACAUAUAUACAAUUUUUCCUAAAUUCAAACUUGCCUAGCAUCUUACGUUAAAGGUGCAAAAGUUUUCAAUUUAUAUUUACAUAAAACGUUACGUAGAAAGAAAAGUUGUGAUCGAUAACCGUCAAAGGAAUAGAACGAACGAACUUCAAAAACCGUUGCUUAAAAAAGAAAAUGGCCACGACCGCGGCUGCCGUGGCUGCGACCAGUGUUGUUGUAUUAGAUCGUGGCAAUAAUACGACAUGCACAAUCAACUUGCAUGGUGCGACAGUUGUGUCCUGGCGUGUGAAUAAUCAGGAACAGUUGUUUGUGAGCAAACUUGCAUCGUUUGAUGGCAAGAAGGCGAUACGUGGUGGCAUACCCUUUGUCUUUCCUCAAUUUGGCGCUUGGUCAUUUGGCCCCCAACAUGGAUUUGCGAGAAUCACACGAUGGCACUUGGAUCGGGCCCCAGAGCGUCUUCACAAUGGCGAUGUCGAGGCGAUAUUUUCACUGAUGGAUAACGAGUUUACACGCUCCAUAUGGAACUAUCAAUUCCGUAUUACUUAUCGCCUGAUUCUGCGCGAGAAGGAGCUGCACUUUCAUAUUGGCGUCUACAAUCCCAGCAAAGAUCUAAGUUUUACCUUCAAUAUGCUACUGCACACCUAUCUGAAGGUGCCCGAUGUUCGUCGAUGCCAGAUAACAGGACUGCAGGGCUGUCACUUCAUUGACAAAACCCGUGAGGGCGCCUUAUAUCAGGAGGGCCGCGAGGUGGUUACGGUCAACGAGUGGACAGACCGCAUCUAUCAGCACACACCACAGGAGCAUGUGAUUACCAAUGUGGUCUCUGGGCGCAAGAUGAGACUUCACAAAUACAAUUUUCCUGAUACGGUAAUUUGGAAUCCCUGGAUCGAUCGCUCAAGGGAAAUGAGCGACUUUGGUGAUGAUGAAUUCCCAAACAUGCUGUGCGUGGAAGCUGGCAAUGUCAGUGCCCCGGUUAUAUUAUUACCUGGCACUGCAUUUGAGGCCAGCCAGAUACUUCAGGUGGCAAAGUGCCCAUACUAUAAGCCAACAAAAGAUCGUUUAGUGAAUAUUAAUUAUAAUACCGUUGGCGAGUCGUAUCACUCGACUUCUCAUACGACUGGAUCGUUUAUUGAUGUCGUUUCCGAAGUGCAACGCCGGCAAAUGCCAUUUGAUUAAGAACUUCAAUAUCAAAUCUGUCAAAAUGCUGUGAUUAAAUUGUAAAUUCUUUGAAUGCAUAGAUUAUCAUCGAGGGAAAUGUGAGUCGUAAAACAAAAAGGAAUCGCUAGCGUUUAAGGAAUCGGAACCCACUGAGGUAAACCGAUUCAAGCACUUGAAACUGAAGUCCCCGACAGAAAGAGAGACAUAUGGAGAUGGAUAUGAAGUCAGAUCAGCAGCAAUUUAAACAGAUUUGUUUUGGAUUUAGUUAUUAAUAUGUAAAUUUUAAGUAACAAUCAUUCCGACUAGCAAUAUUGAUUGAGCCCAAAAGUUGUAAACCUAUGUACCACUAGUAACUCUAUGUUAAAUAAAUGCUCACAUUGAA